AUGGAAGGAAUAAUCAAGACAAUUCAGAAUCAGAUCAGUCAGAAAGACAAUCAGAUUAAAAUGAUUCAAGAAAAUCUCUCAAAACUCUUUGAGGAGAGGGAGGAGCUGAUCAAAUCUUUGAACAUUAUCAUAAAAGCAACUGGUGGAACACCGGUAGAAGAUCAAAAAUCAGAACAAGAAAAAGAAUCAGAUAAGGUAACACUUCCUACCGACAUCAAGGUGGAAGAAAAACCGAACAAAUGGUACGCUAUCUUUAGUGGACCAUUCAGAGGAAUAUACGUAGAUUAUGCGAUAUUUUCGCAACAUACCAAAGGAAAGAAAGUCUCACACCAGGCCUUCCAAACUAAAGAAGAAGCCCAAAAAGCCUUGAACGAAUCAUACAAAACCAUGGCCCAAAAACAACCAGUUGAACCAAGGGCACAACUACCCUCAAUGAAAAUACCCAAAAUAGCCCAAAUACCAACCACACAGGAAAAAGAGGCCCUGAAAAAGGUAACCCUCGAGAAGUAUCAGUCCUACUGGGCGUCUCUGGUGGACUACAAGGAAAAACACACUACCAUGGGUUUUUACCCAAAAAUGACCAGAACCGGACCAAAGGCUAUCUUCAUUGGAGAAGCCAACCCAUUACUAGCCUUCGAUUACCUUCAACACGGACUAGUCGACAGUAUCUAUACUGACUCGAUGAGAAUAUUCGAAGAAUUUCCACGAAAGAUGAAACCAAUUAUCAGAAAUUACUUUGAACGAUUCGCGAAGGAAAGAACUAUUUUCAUGAAGAUUAAGAGUUCAAUCCCGAUCUUCGGAAAUGAUAAGAUUAUACAGUCACAGGCAGUAAUACACCUCGGAGUAGCAAAGGGAGAAUUGCCUCCAAGAGAUGAUGUAUCAGAUUAUGAGAUUCCAGAUGAUUUAGAAGCUCAUUCAUUACUCGAAGUUUUUAAGGCAUCAAGAAGGAUCCUUGCGGAUUCAGAGAUCAAAGUCAAUUAUGCUAGCAGUAAUGUGCUAAUGAUCACCUACAACAAGGAAACUAUCUCGAAGGAAGAAAUGCAAGCCGUAGCAGAUUUCGAAUUAGACUUCUAUCAUUUAGAAGGAAAAUUCGCAGGACUAGAGGAAUCUAUCAAGGAACAGCUCUGUAGCUUCCUGAUGAGGUAUGACGACCACAAAUGCACUAUCUGCAAAGAGAUAAAGGACAAGAUAAAAAGGACCAGCCAACCACCAUCAGAAAAGUCUGAAGACAUGUGA